AGCAGGAACUCGGGAUGCCAGUAGGUCACGUUUAGCACCCUCCUCCUCCUUCUCCUCCCCCAUUUCCUCCUCCUCCCUCCUCUCGGCUGCUGUCGGGUGUGAUGGAGUGCCGCGAGGCCGUCGUGUCUUACCUGAGCUGGGGUCUGGUGGUGGGUGGGGGUGCUUACCUGCUGCGGCAGAUGCAAAACUGCGCAGAGUACGGCCGCUACGCGCCCACGCAGGCGCGCUGCUGCCCGGCCAGGCUCGGCUGGUUCUUGCAGGAGGUGCCGGCUCUCUUUGUGCCGCUGCUGCUGUUGCUGCUCCCCGCGGAGACCGGGACCGGGAGGAGGCUGCUGGUCGGCACCUUCAUGCUGCACUACUUCCACAGGAGCAUAAUCUACGCCUUCCUGACCAGAGGACGACCCAUCCCGCUGAACAUCAUAGUCUUCGCCGUAAUCUUCUGCUCGCUCAACGGUUUCCUGCAGGGCCACUUCCUGCUACACUGCGCUCGCUUUGAGGACACCUGGCUGACCCGCGCCCGCCUCGCUGCAGGUGUUCUUGUGUUUGCACUCGGUAUGAUCGUCAACAUCCACAGUGACUGCAUCCUGCGUGGGCUGAGGAAACCCGGAGAGGUUGUCUACAGAGUCCCCCAUGGGGGCAUGUUCGAGUUUGUGUCAGGGGCGAACUUCUUCGGGGAGAUCGUGGAGUGGUGUGGAUACGCUGUGGCUGUCUGGUCUUUGCCAGCCUUCGCCUUCGCCUUCUUCACCAUCUGCUCCAUCGGGCCCCGAGCCUGCAUGCACCACAGAAACUACCAGCAGAGGUUCAAGGACUACCCUCGCUCCAGGAAAGCCAUCAUUCCCUUCAUCCUGUGAGGAGCACCGAGCUCGGCCGACUCCGGAGAUUGAAAUCUGCUCCUCUGAUCCGAAGUUCUUUACCAGCUUCACUCUUCAUCCAAAGUUUAUGCAUUUGUUUAAU